UGAGGAAUGGGACAGUAUGACAAUGAAGGAAUUCAUGGACAAGCAUUGCUGGACAGAAUUUGCAAAGGAAGUAUUGACUGCAGCUACAAAAUCAAUUAAUUGCAAUGAGCUACAUGAGGUAUCUCUUCUUUAUAACCUUUUGGGGUUGAAAUCUGGAGGAGGCAUAAUAAGAAUAACAUCCAUAGAAAAUGGAGCUCAGGUAAAAAUAAUGACAGGUUGUAUUCCUAUAGCCCAUGUUAAAGACAUGUGUAUGUACUAUAAGAGGCCAUUGCUUGAACACCAGUUGUCCUCAUUCAUCAUUUAUGAACAUUAAUUGUUGUCUUUGAACAUUCAUCAUUCAACAUUUAUAAUCUCUGAACAGUAAUUGUUUCUGAACAUUAAUCAUAUAUGAACAUUAAUUUUUUUCUGAACAUUCAUCAUAUAUGAACAUUUAUUUUUUCUGAACAUUCAUCAUAUAUGAACAUUAAUUGUUUCUGAACAUUAAUCAAAUAUG